AUGCAGUUGAAGCAAGGUUCCUUGUCUGUGGCAGAUUACACUAGCAAAUUUGAGGAGCUUUGUAGGUUUUCUAGGGUGUGUCAGGGUUUCCCGGAGACCUACGAGAGCUGGAAGUGUAUCAAGUACCAGAGGGACUUGAAGGAUAGCAUUAUGACUGCUGUGACUCCUAUGGAGAUCCGUGUUUUCUCUGAGUUGGUGAACAAGGCGAGAGUGGUGGAAGAAUAUGCAAAGACGGUAGCUUUGUCCAAGGAAACUCAUGGAGGAAGCUCUAGUCGGGGACGUGGUGGUUGCUUCAAAUGUGGAUUGCCUGGUCAUAUUGCAAGGGAUUACACUCGUGGGAAGAACCCGAAUGCGGGUCAGAGCCAACACCUAGGGCGAGUAUUUGCUGUGAACGCCAAGGAUGCUUCUAAGGCAGAUAUGUUAAUGAGAGGUAUAUGUUUAAUUGGCGAUAAAACCUUAGUUGCAUUAUAUGAUACUGGAGCUUCGCAUUCGUUUAUUUCGUUUGCUAAAGUUGAGGAACUAGGUUUGAAAGUGUCAGAGUUAGCAUUUGAUCUGCAUGUACAUACUCUGCAUCAGACAGUUAUGACUAGGUCAGGUUGUAGGCAAAUGAUUUUGGGGUUUGACUGGUUGUCGAAGAACCGAGUUUUGUUGGAUUGCUUUGAGCGGUCAAAUUGGUUUAUGCCGGAAAGAGAAAAUGGAGUAGUGAUAGCUGAGGGCUACUACUUGAACUCUAUAAUGGUGCACUAUAGUGGGGAAGAGUGUCAGGGGUAUAUUCUAUUGGCUGCAAAUGCGUUAGGUGAUGAUCAGAACCUUGAUCAAAUUCCGGUAGUUAGAGACUUUCUAGAAGUAUUCCCGGAAGAUAUCCCUGAGUUCCCACCUCAGAAGGAAAUUGAAUUUGCGAUUGAAUUGGUGCCAGGAGUCGGACCAGUGUCGAUUGCGCCAAUUCACAAAUGA